AUGAGCGUGUUAGUCACAAGGCAAUUACGGUAUAGGAAACUAGCCUUUCAUGUACGACUAUUCCAAACAUCCACAUAUACCUACUUUGCUCCCUCCAUAAUUCAGUGCAAUACCGAUUCUAAAUCGAUUUCUCACCAACCCCCAUACAAACGAUUCAAUAAAUUCAAAAAACUAUCCCGGAAAGAAGAAGCUGAACAGCAAAGGAUAGCUGCACGUAAUAGCCUCCAACAUUUGGACUUAAAGUACAAUAUAAUCACGCCAACAACAAAGAAAAUCUUGGAUGUUGGAUUUGCACCAGGUAAUUGGAUGUCUUAUAUUGUGGAUCGAGUGUGCCAAAUACAUGAUAUUGAAGAUACCAAGUUACACACAGUUGGAGUACAUAUCCUUGGCUUUGAUAUCCUAUUCAAAAGCCCACCGUUGGGUACGAGUUCAAUUCAAGGAAACAUUUUCUCCAAACUAAGUCACGAAAAUGUGGUACACCAUUUCCAAGAAGUUGCCAAUAAGCAAAAUCAAUCGCAGUUUCAAAAUGAAGUUGACAAUGACAUUGAUCACAAGUCGUAUUUUGCCCAAGAGAUUGAUGAAUCGCAAUUGACAAAAACUAUGGACCAAUUGACGAUAUCGGAAGCGUCAAAGUUUUCAAAAGACAAUUGGAAGUUGGAUUUGAUCAUUAGUGAUUUAGCACGUCCUGGUAGACAACAAAGUGGGUUUUAUGAUUAUACUGAAACAAAUCCCUAUCUACGAUACAACAACAAUAAAGGAUUGAACCAUUCAAUUGUCAACCCGCAAAAGGGUAAUUUGGUUUUGGCCGAUGGAGCAAUCAUGCUCAUGCAGAAAACAUUGCAACAAGGUGGCAAGUUCGUCUUGAAAUUGACCAGCAUAGACAAUGGAGAUGAAGAAAUCGCUAUGAUGAAGAAAAAGUUACAGAUCCUCUUUGACAAAGUACACGAGAUAAACCUAAUGCGAGAUUGUAUCUUCAUUUGUCUUGAUAAAAAAGGUGUAUAA